AUGCAGUUCAUCACUCUCGCCGUUGCUUUUGCUUUCUUUGCUGGUGCCAGCUCGUCGCCGGCUUCCAUGGACCCCAGAGCCGAGAAGUCCGACCCCUUGGGAGUCGGCGGCGCCCCUCUGGCAACCGGCAGCCCCCAAGCCCAAAGCUCCGCCCAAGGGUCUGUCCCUAUCUCUACUUGCGUUGGUGGUCUCCAGUCGCCAGGUUUUGGGCAAGCCGGUGGAAUGCCAUGGGGUAAUGGCCAAGCUGCCUACGGUGGUGGCCUUCCUUAUGGAUCAUUCCCCUCGGGGCAAUCCCAAUCCACGGCCUCUGCGCAAGCUCAAUCAUCCAGUUUCCCCUCAAACGGCUAUCCGACACAAUCCUCGGCCUCCGCCCAAUCACAAUCGUCCGGUCCAGGACAAGUUCAGGCAACCCCUUCUGCCCAGGUCCCCGGCGGCUUUUACGGCCAAGGUGCUAACGGCUUCGGUGCCGCAGGCCAAUUCGGACAGGAUGGGCGAAAUGGCUUCUAUGGUCAAGACGGUAAUGGCUUCUCUGGUCAAGACGGCAAUGCCUUCUAUGGUCAGGCCGGCAAUGGCUUCGGCGCUCCCGGCCAGUUCGGACAGUUCGGACAGUUUGGCCCAUACGGCAACCAGUACGGUAACCAGUUCGGCAACCAGGACGGUACCCAGGACGGCAACCAGUACGGUAACCACUACGGCAACCAGUACGGUAACCAGUACGGCAACCAGUACGGCAACCAGUACGGAGGAUCGUCUCAGUACUUUGGCAAUUCCAAUGACUUUUACGGCCAAGGUGCCAAUGGCAUUGGCCAAACUUCCCAGUCCCCUUACUCCCACGGCUACGUCUAUAACUCCCCGGGUGCGGGUGCUGGCCUAGGUGUAGGUCUCGGUGUCGGCGUCGGUGGCUCGCAAAAGUGA